AAAUGCCUUUGUUAAUGUAAAUACGACCGCUAAGGUUUUUCGUUCUUUAAUCCUUGGGUUACCUAAAUCCCAGGGCUUUUAGUCCCAGGGUUUACUACCAUUUGGGUCAUAGCUACAAUCUUGCAUGUCACCCAAAAAUCGACCUUAUAAAGGAUAAUUUUAUCCUUGAAUAUAGUCUAGCCAACAACUAGCUGGUUAACUGGCCAGAUAUCAGUAAAUCUAAUUUACCUAUGUGAAAAUGGAGGGGCAAGAAGAGGCAGUUCAUCCAAAUCAGCUUGUCAUAUUUGCUUCAUUAUCUGGCGAUGGUAACCAGUUAAGCAAUAGCCACUCAGAAAUGCAUUCUAUUGAUCAGCUAAAAAAUGAUUUGUCACAAGCAGUAGUUGGAGAUGGUGCCGAACUAAUGUCAAUUACAAAAAUGAUGUCAUCAUCACAAUCUGGAGUAAAGAAAGAAGUGGAACUAUACUUAUGUGAAAAGUGUAACCGAACAUUUAAACAGAAAUCGCGUUACGAAAGACACGUGACGAAUCAUCCCAGCGAGAAGCACUAUUUAUGUAACAUUUGCCAGAAGACCUUCACAAGAAUGUCACACUUAGAAAAGCACACGAGGACUCACACAGAAGAGCGGCGUCACAUCUGCGAUACUUGCGGUGCUGCUUUUAUUCUGCCUCAUCAUUUGGUGCGCCACGCACUCGUACACACUGGUGUCAAACCGUUUGAAUGUGAAAUUUGCCAUAAGCAAUUCACUAGAAAAGCUGGACUCAGUCAACACAAGUACGUACAUACGGGUGUUCGGCCGUAUGCGUGUGAGAGCUGCGGUAAGCAGUUUACAGACCGGACCACACUACGACGCCACAUGCUGACGCAUUCCAGAGAGAAACCGUUUAUAUGUAAAGAAUGCGAGAAAACAUUUCGAACUAAAUCAGCCUGUCGAAAGCAUUAUCUCCGUCAUUUUAAAGGGGAAGCCUCUUUUAAAUGCGGUAUUUGUGAAGAAAUGUUCAAGAGUCAGUCAAUGUUAAACGAGCAUAAUUUGAUGCAUGAGCAAAAACAGAAGAAUGGAAACUACAGAUGUGGAUUCUGUUUACGCGUGUUCAAAACGCAAACAGACCUCAAUGCUCAUGUACCGUUGCAUGAGAAAGGUCUUACGCACUGCUGUAAACAGUGUCCUGCUAAAUUCUAUACUGAAAAGGAUUUGGCAGCUCACACGGAGGGGCAUAUUGGCGCAGUACUUUCGUCCUCUAAUACGGUUUCCGAAGAAAAGAUGGACGUCUCUCUCGAGAAAAAUAACUAUAUCGAUAAGGAUAUACCGGGAACUUCACUUGCUAAUCAAACGAACUCUACGGAUAAUAAUAAAGUUGUAGUCGUGUUACAGGUCCCGUCAUCCGUGGGUGAUUCAAAAGGGGAAGAAGGGGGGCUACAAAUUGACAAUAUUCAACAAAUUCUUGGGAGUGCACAGAUUGAUAAGUUGCUUGUUACUACGGAAAAGGUUACGGACGCUUCAUCGGGGUUGUCUUUAGAACUUUCUCAAGACCAGCAGGAAUGUAUACAGCAAAUAUUACAGACCACUAACGUCACCUCAGCGGAGUGCAGAAAACAAAGUGAAACUUGCGUGAAUGCAACUAGCGCUGUUCAUAUGACAGUGGACGAGGGUCCUGUUGUUUCCAGCGUUCACGACAAUGUGUCCGUCACCUCGAAAAAACAGUACAUGCUGACGUCAAUUACGAAUUCGCUGAACGACGAAAAACCUCCCUACAUCAUAGUUCCAUACAAAGAUGGUAACCCAGAACACCGUCUAUCUUCUAGUUUUGCUAACGAAGGCUCGGCAACUUUAGCAAAGCGCGGUGGUGAUUCUGUAUUUAAAUCAAUCAACCAAACCGCCUUUUCUUCUUCGAAUGUUAACCUCCCUGUAGUAUCUGUUGUUUCUCGACCUAUUAUGGUCGUCAACGGUGACGGUGUACCUGCGUGUGAAAAGGCCGCCCAACAAACGAUGACUGAUGAAAAAGUUUUAUCCCUUGUACACGACUUAGAAAGUCAUGGCAGCGAAUUUUUACCCGAUUUUGGUGUUGAAAGUAACUCAGUGUCAACGUCAAAUUCAGCUAUUGAAGAUAGAUCAUUACAGGACCUCCAAAUUGCACAAGUGCAGGGACCAACAAAACCCGCAUUUUUUUCUGGAGAAUUUGAAAACCCACUUAGUGCUGGUACCAUUCUUUCGGGAGAGGAAACGGCUUUUACAAUUGCUACUUCUAAUUAAAAUAAAAAAGAACAGUUUCUUUAACUAUUUAGUAUUAUAAAUCUGUAAAUAUAAAUUUCGUAUCUUAAUACUCUUGUCAAAUGCGUUCUAAA